CACUCCAUAAUCUGUGCUGUCUUUUUGUGUCUAUUUAUCUCUGUAUUUAAAUUCCAGCUUUCGUUUUUAUUGAUAAGAUAAUUGGUUCAUUGUGAGAGCGCAUCAUUGCUUUUUUGUCUUUUGCUUCAUUUACGUUUUCAUUUUCAUUUUCCCUCCUUUGCUCCUCUGUCAGUUUGAUGACUACUUUUUCUCACACUUGGGUGUUUUACAUCGUUCAGUUGCAAUUAACAAUUAACUUAAAUCUAUUUAAAUUUGAAUACUGUUUUAUACAUCUGUGAUAAUUAAUUGUUCAAUUAGUAAUGGAAAUAAUUAAAAGACAACUCAUUAAUCUACCACAUUGGUUUAUUUUUCAUAACAUUUGUUUUCUUCUAUCUCUGGUUAACAAUGUUGCUAUGGAUAGCACAAACAAUUCACCUGCUAAAUCUUCAACCUUAAAUCAAGUGAUUGUGCUUCAUAAACACGGAGAGUUAAGCCAUUCUUCUAUUUUUCCGAACAUUGGCUCGUUCGAGAACUCUAAUGAGCCAGAAGGUCAUCUCACCUCAAAUGGCCGCCAAAAAAUGUACCAAUUGGGUGAAGCUCUGAGAUCCCGUUAUAACUCAUUUUUAUCCAAUAACCCACUAGAAUUCAAAGCUGAAUCCUCUGAUGUAGAUGUGGCACUUGAAAGUGGUCUCUUGGUUCUUCAUGGUCUUGCAAAGGCUGAAGGCCAAUGGAUAUAUGACAAUAGUACAAAUUAUCUGCCAAUUCCAAUUCAUUCUAGUCCGCAAGAAUAUCCCUGUGCCUUGGAUUCUGAUUGUGAUUGUCCAUUUAUUGAGCAGUGGAAUAAAUCGAUUGACAACCAUCCAGCAAUGAAGAACAUAAAAGCCAAUUAUAAAGAAACAAUCAAGUACCUGGUUGAAAAAACAAACUCUACAGCUUUCCAGUCGCUUACCAAUUUAACUAUACUCUUUAAGUAUCUUGAAUAUGCUAAAAACCAUGGUUAUCCCUUACCUGAUUAUUACACCCGGGAAAUCUAUCUCAAUUUGAGCAAAAUUGAUCAACAGUUUGAACAGCUUGAGGCUUGUUCGUCAGAUAUUCUUUCAAUCCGUAUCACUGGAUUUUUCAAGCAACUAAAAGCCAUUAUUUCAGAAAAUUUAUCCGAUGUCAAUGAAACUUUCAAAAUCAACAAACCCAAGUUACAUCUCUUUUCAAGCGCAGAACUUUUAUUGUCAUCAGUUCUUUGUGGUCUCGGUGUUUCAGAAUCCAAAAUAAUACCAGAAGGAGCAACUUUAGUCAUUGAAUUGCACGAGAUUCUAGGAGAAGAUUUUGUGCGCCUUGUCUAUUGGAAUACUGAUUAUACUAUUGAACCGACUCAUCUUGUACCAAUCUAUUGCAACAAAACUUCAGACUUUUGUGGAAUUAAAGAAUUCCUCAGUAAUCUUGAUGAAUUUAUCUUACCGGAUUGGCAGGAGAAAUGUGGUCUUUGUCCAAAUGGUUAUCGUGCUAACGAGAUUAUGGCUAUUAUUUUAUGUGUAAUUAUACUAACGAUCAUUAUAACAACCUGUGCAGCGGUUGUGCGUCGAAGAAAGCAUCGAGAAGAAUACGAUUUGCUCGAGUGAUGGAUCAAAUAGAGUAUAUAUUGUAAAAAUGAGUGUUUAAUCAAGCUUUUAGAACUAUCAUCUCAGACUUGAUUAGUUUCUAUCAAGACAUCAAGGUGAAACAUCGCUUUUCAGAUGAGAGCUCCAUUUGAAUUUCAAGAUCUUGUUUAUUAUCAUUUAUCUUAUUUUUGUAAAAGUAAAAUGUAAAUCUUUUUAUACGAUUUUAAAUAUAAUUUAUGUGAAGCAUUUCAUGAUUUUUUCACAAAA